GCGCCGUGGUCUCAGUCAGCAUGUCCAUGAGCAGUUCCUGCUGCAGCUUCAGAUCAUGGAAGGGAGAUGGUUGCUGUAUAUGUUACUGGUCCUUGGAACUGCCAUUAUUCAGGCUCAUGAUGGACAUGAUGACGAUAUGAUUGAUAUUGAGGAUGAUCUUGAUGAUGUCAUUGAAGAGGUAGAAGAUUCAAAAUCGAAACCAGAUACCAGCACUCCUCCAUCUCCAAAGGUCACCUACAAAGCUCCAGUUCCAACAGGAGAAGUUUAUUUUGCUGAUUCUUUUGAUAGAGGCUCUCUGUCAGGGUGGAUUUUAUCCAAAGCCAAGAAAGAUGACACUGAUGAUGAAAUUGCCAAAUACGAUGGAAAGUGGGAGGUAGAUGAAAUGAAGGAAACAAAGCUUCCCGGCGAUAAAGGACUUGUAUUGAUGUCUCGGGCCAAGCAUCAUGCCAUCUCUGCUAAAUUGAACAAGCCCUUCCUAUUUGAUACCAAGCCUCUCAUAGUUCAGUAUGAGGUUAAUUUCCAAAAUGGAAUAGAAUGUGGUGGUGCCUAUGUGAAACUACUUUCCAAAACACCAGAACUCAACCUGGAUCAAUUCCAUGACAAGACCCCCUAUACGAUUAUGUUUGGUCCAGAUAAAUGUGGAGAAGACUAUAAAUUGCACUUCAUCUUUCGCCACAAAAACCCCAAGACAGGUGUAUAUGAAGAAAAGCAUGCUAAAAGGCCAGAUGCAGAUCUGAAGACCUAUUUUACUGAUAAGAAAACACAUCUUUACACAUUAAUCUUGAAUCCAGAUAAUACUUUUGAAAUAUUAGUUGACCAGUCCGUUGUAAACAGUGGAAAUCUGCUAAAUGACAUGACUCCUGCUGUAAAUCCUUCACGUGAAAUUGAGGAUCCAGAAGACCGGAAGCCUGAGGACUGGGAUGAAAGACCCAAAAUACCGGAUCCAGAUGCUGUCAAGCCAGAUGACUGGGAUGAAGAUGCUCCUGCUAAGAUUCCAGAUGAGGAGGCCACGAAACCUGAUGGCUGGUUAGAUUAUGAGCUCGAAUAUAUACCUGAUCCAGAUGCAGAGAAGCCAGAAGAUUGGGAUGAGGAUAUGGAUGGAGAGUGGGAGGCUCCCCAGAUUGCCAAUCCUAAAUGUGAGUCAGCUCCUGGGUGUGGUGUCUGGCAGCGGCCUAUGAUUGACAACCCCAAUUAUAAGGGCAAAUGGAAACCUCCCAUGAUUGACAAUCCUAAUUACCAGGGAAUAUGGAAACCCAGAAAAAUACCAAAUCCAGAUUUCUUUGAAGAUCUAGAACCUUUCAGAAUGACUCCUUUUAGUGCUAUUGGUUUGGAGCUGUGGUCCAUGACUUCUGACAUUUUUUUUGACAACUUUAUCAUCAGUGGUGAUCGAAGAGUAGUUGAUGACUGGGCUAAUGAUGGAUGGGGUCUGAAGAAAGCUGCUGAUGGAGCUGCUGAGCCAGGUGUAGUGGGGCAGAUGCUGGAGGCAGCUGAGGAGCGCCCGUGGCUCUGGGUGGUCUACAUAUUGACUGUGGCUCUGCCGGUGUUCCUUGUCAUCCUCUUCUGCUGCUCUGGAAAGCUCCAACAGACCUGA